AUGGCCACUGGCGGAGGUUUGCGUUUCAAUCCUCGGAGCAACCAGGAGCCCGAGCUGACAAAGCAAGGUUUCUUGGUGUAUAGUGGAUCCGUUUCGGACUACUAUGAGUGGGAAUUUCGGGCGAUGGCGAAGUACCACGCUACGAAGGCGGAUGAAAGGUUUACACUUGGUGCAAAAUUGCUGGAGUCCCUUCGAGGGGACGCUUACAUUGUUGCCCAGGACUUGGGGCACGAUGUACUGAAGAGCGCCGAUGCGAUCACGCAGAUCAUCGACGCUGUGCGUAAGGUGAUUUUUCCUUUGCAGGCCCAAGAGGCAAAGGAACUUUACCGAGUCGGGGCCAGCGUUGGUGGCGUGAUGUCAAGACAAGCGGGAGAGUCGAUGACCUCCUAUAUCGGGCGAAGAAAGAGAUGGUACAGGAAGUUGAAGGAGUUGGACAAGACGAUAGAAAUAUCCGAUACCAUCCUUGGAGAUCUUUUACUCGACAACUCUGGAUUAGAUCGCAAAGAGCGACUAAUGGUACUUACAGCUGUCGGGGAAACGUCUUCUUUUGAUGCGAUCGAGAAAGCCCUCAUUACUCAACAUGGGAAAUUGCAUGUUCUGGAGUCCCGAAGUUCGGGCAAGGGUGCAAGCAACUACAAUCGCCCCAGAGGCAUGGCCUACAAGGGAACAAAGAGUUCUGGCAAAGGAAAGGCGAAUGCUCAGAAUCACCAUGGGGCAGCCUAUCUGGCAGAGCCUGAGGACCUCUUCGACUCCUACGACGCCGGGGAAUCCUUUUGGGAUCCCGAGGCAGAGGAAGAAGAGCUGGUACCUGAUGACCAGGACAGUUCAGCCUUCAUGGCUGAUUCCCUUGGAGAGGCAACAGCCGAGAAGAUAGAGCUGGAUGUUGUGGAAGCAUUCCUUUCAACACCAGACUUUAGUCUGGAUGAUGAUGAGCCCAAGCCCAGCGGUUUGAGUAUUGAAGACCGCAAAGCGAAGCUCAAGGAGAUCAAGGCACGUAGCGUUUGUCGCACGUGCGGGAAGAAAGGGCAUUGGGCUGGUGACCGAGAUUGCAAAGGCAAGCCAUCUUCAGGAGGCAGCAGCACGCAAGGCACCAAGGAUAGAACUGCGCAUUUCUCCGCGAUCUUGACAAAAGACGCGUCCGUGCAGACCUCGUUUUGUUGCUCAUCUUCGGAGAGCGAAGGGUUAGAGGUACUGCAUAAGCCUCAAAUGUUUCUGGCGCUGGAUGACGACCACGAGCAUCCCGAGGGUUACCCGGGCUUCUUCAACCCCGGAGACUUUGCGGAGGAAGAAGAAGAGCUCGAAGAAGCAGAUGGGUCGUUUGAGUUGCUAGAAGCGCCGCCUGAGGGUUCGGACACCGUUUUUGGGUUCGGAGUUCACCGAGGUUCCACCUUCGGGGAUGUCGUUUUGAGACACCCUGACUAUUUCACGUGGGGCAUCAAGGAAAAGAACCCCAGCCGAACGCUGGAGGAGUUCCUUGUGUGGUGUAACAUGUACUACGUGUUCCCACGUGGAAAGGCCGAGAGAAGGGAAUACCCUCUUUCAGGUUAUGAGGCGCGAGACCUCGAGUCUGUUAAGGCCUGGAUGCUGUCACAAGGCAUCGGUGGAAAGGUGAACAAGUCAAAGCUCGCCAAUCUGAAGCCGGAUCCUCGUGGACCGUGCCAAGGCGGAUGCCCGGCUCAUGCCAUUAGUAAGGCAGGGUCAAAUGACAAGGUCAUCAAGACCACUUGCAUGAUUUGUGGCCACCGAUGGUCAGAGCCACGGCCACAAGCGCAGCCCACGAGGGAUGCGACGACUUGUCCUCACAGCCGCACGGACAACAGAGGUUCCACCAAGGCCGUGCACAAGGUCUGGUGUUUGGACUGUUGUACUUUUGUUGAGGAGAUGCCGCAGGCGCUCCACAAGCAACAGGUUGAGCUAGGGAGAGCCGCGCAACAGGCACCCCUGAAGGCUCAGGACCUCACCCGUCGUACGCUUCAGGACACACCUCUUACGCAGAUGGAGGCAGGCGAGGUAAUCAAGCAUUUUGUGAAGAACAUGAAUAGAUACCUCACGAGAGUAGAGAGCACUUCCUCGCAGGAACUUCUGAGCAUGUUGAGUGACUCUGUUGAUUUUGUAGUAGCAAGCCAAGCCACUCAGCGAGUUUUAGGGACGGCUAGUAGUAGCUCAGGUUUCGUUAGGAGGGAUCUCCAAGCUCAGGCCCUAAACCCCGUAGGAAGAAGUCCUCCAGGAACUCCCGCUCACGCCUCUGCCGCCGCAGCCGUUUUGGCCCCUAGGACGCCGCCUAGGACCCCGCAGAGGCCGACAGCGCCUCAGCUUCCUGAGAGGGGCAAUCCUCCAGGAUAUCCACCGCACGCCUUUAUGGCGGUGGAAACGCCCGAGCCUGUGUUGGAGCAGCUCGAGGAGGUCGAUCCCCUUAGGGACGACCAUGUCUACGCCAUGCUCGAUGAAGGUUGCAACUCCACCUGUCACGGGGAGAAAUGGCGUAUAGACGCAGAAAAGAAGCUCGAGAAGCUUGGCUUCCGAGCGAAAGCUGCACCACUUACCGUGGGCACCUACCGUGGAAUCGGAGGUGCAGAGGCCACGCAGAGAUUGGUGUUUCCAAUCGCUCUGGCGAUGGAGCCAUCUCAGCUGUCUUGGAAUGGCAGCGUGGCAAGCAAUGAGAUUGGGGGGCAAGACUUUCCGCUCCUUCUCUCGUUGCAAGUGCAGCAGAAGCUAGGCCUAAGGAAGGACGUGAGAGCCGGACUAGUUCAACUAGCCGACUACCCAGGCCAAAGCUUGAGGUUGUUCAAGAACAGCCGAACCGGACUACUGAUGAUCCGAAUCGACCAGUUCGAGAAGGACUUGGCCGAAGGACAUCAGGAGUUCAGACUGGAAGAGUAUCCGAACCUGCCAAAGGUCGGACACCAGUCACCUUCAAGGACCGUUAUGGCCUUGAGGAGCGCCUCACCGGUUCAGAGAGCCUACAUGAUAGCCGAUACAAAGCCGAACAUCGUUUUGAUGUCGGCAGGAGUGUGGACGCUAGACGUAGGCGCGGAAAGUUCCAAAGUGAGUAAGGAACUCACCGACGCAGUGGACAGAAUCCACGCGAACCGAUUUUCGGUCGCACUUCCGAAGAAUCUUGAAUUGGUGAAGAGAAGUUUGAGGAAGAACUACCCGAUUAUCACAGAGGAAGUGAAAUCGGACGAUCACCUUGUGAUCUUGGAUGUAAGGGACAUCCCAGACCCGAAGAAUUACCGGGAUCAUAUCGGGACGUACCCGGAGAACCUGCACCACACCGUCUACAGCAAGACUUUUCUAUCCCUUUGGGAAGAAAUUGCAAAGCAGAUCGAUCGGAUUAUCCGACGAUCGAAAGAUGGUGACAAGAUCAUCAUCCUUUUCUUGUGCACUGGGGGAAAGCACAGGAGUGUAGCCCUGAGACACCUUGUGCAAGUCGUACUAGAGAAUGUCUAUGGCAUCUGUGCUGGAUAUCUGGACGUGUCGAGAACAGUCAAUUGGCAUAAAACAUGCCAAGGCUGCACAAGAUGCAGACAUGUCGAGAGUGACGACAAAGAAAUCCUUGAGGAGAUGGAGGCCUACGUCGUCAAGCAAUGGAAGGGUUUCUUCGACCCCUCAAGAACGCCAGUGAAGGGAAGAAGUCGCACACCAGCAGGAACUUGGGUGCGAAAGGACGGGAGAGGUGAUGCCUCUACACCUUCUUCGUCCGCCUCGAAGCAGGGAGAUCAGCAACUGACUCCCGGCACGGGGGCCACGCCAAAGGCGAUGCCGAAGGACGGAGGCACGCCGGAGAGAAAAGGAAAGGCUUCGACCUCUACGGAUGUCAAGGACACCGAGAAGGACAAGAAGAAGGCGCAUGCAGCAAACGCGAGCGCGAAGAAAGGAGCCCGCAAGGCGGAGGCCGGAGACUCGUUAACGAGCUCCGAUGACGACUUGUUGGGAACCAGUGGCGUCCCAGAACACUAUCACGACUUCUCCGACUUGAUUGAGGAAGACCACCGGGACUUGGAGCGCAUCGCGUACAUUUUCAUCCACAGGAUCGUCCAGGUUUUUCAACCGGACGCCCUAACAAAGCCGGAUACGCUGAUCCGCAAGUAUUCGGACAGCUUGGUGUUGGCUAUGGGUGCGGUCGCCCGCAAGUAUCUGGACGAGAAGCAAGCUCGCCAGAUCCUCGAAGCAGUCUUACGUUUGCGUAGACUGGACAUCGAGGGUUUCAACGCAGAGUACCUCGAGAAGUCUCUUAGGGCAGCCACCGAAAUGGUUGAUGAGCUCGACGAGGCGACGCCUGACUUCGGCACCAGAGACGUGCGAGACAGCAUGCGGGGCCGCAGUCUAGGCUCAGCUGCCGCAGGAUCGAGGGAUAAUCCCCGAUCCAGGAGCGCUCGGGGGUAUGGGCGAAGCGCAACCCCAGUUAGGAAGAAGUGGCAUUGGGACGAUCGUCGAGACGUCCGGAACACGCCACGCAAGAGCCGCGAGGAGGAAGCCAGGGAGUAUCAGGAGCGUAGGGACGCGCGAGAGUCUCGCGAAAGCCAGCAGCGUCGUGUGAGGAACGACCAGGACCACGAGCGUGCGAGGUCAGACCUGCUGGGUAUGGGGAUUGAUCCGAACUUACCAAGCGAGAUCACCUCAGCUUACCUUGACCAGAUGUGGCAAGGAGACCCUCGGACUUCGAAGAAGCCGGUGCUAAUGCUGUGGGUACAGGACCCGAAGGAAAAGAAUGGGCCUGUGAGAGUGACCCUUAAAACGGGCACUUACAACACUGCCACGAAGGUCGCGCCCGAGCUGAAGAACUGGUACAAGAACACGUUCGUUCAGCGCGAGGAAGGAGGCGACUGGUCUUGGGCAGAGCGAUGGGAGUGGCCAACUCACGUUCAGGAGUUCAGCGAGAAAACGUACAGGGUAUACGAUGGUUCGCAGUUUUGCUCUGCCUACUACUCCACGCCAUCGAUAUACCCUGGAGCGCCUGUAAUGGGCACAAAGGAAAGAGAGACCUUUGAGAAAGGCUCUCGACAAAUGAGCAAGCGAGAUUCGCUGCUAUGGAAGGAGUUGAGGGGAUCGUUUACGACCCCUGAAGAACCAAGAAAGGUAUUCCUUCUUGGACAAUGGUUCGGACCUUUUGAGGAGGCCGAAAUGAAAGCAGCAGACCCCGGACCAGAUCUGGCCGGGUAUGAGACUGCGAGUUGGAGGCAUAAAGUGUCCCAACAGAUCCAAUCGUUUCAGCCAGACCUACUCUUAGUUCUGUUUCCGGGAGACUGCACCAAGCAGCUCUCAGAGACCGCCUCGGAGUGGCUACAGGACUUGCUCUCGCAGAGUGAAAUGUGCGUUUGCGUUUUAGACGAAGUGGGUUCAGUUAGGUGGAAAGAUUUGGAAGGUUUGGAAAGGGACGACAGUAAAAGUUUUGAACUUUACUACGCUAGAGGCAAGCCGGUCUUGAAAGUCCAGAACACAUCGGAAGAUGUGAAAGGCACGGAGGUAUCAUUAAAAGAGCCUACCGAAGAGUGUGCAGACAGCACCACCUGCAAGGUAAAGAACAGGCAACCUAGAGGCAUAGGACAUCUCUUGGAUGAGGAUGAACUAGGUCAGCUAGGAGUACUCAGUGGAGCGAUGGACCCCUCCACAGCAUUUGGACGCAGCAUAGAGUACCGCCACACUGCGAGAAGAGCGUACGUACAGGCAGAUACUUCAAGGCGAGCUAGAGCCGCCGUGCUGCGCAAGUCGGGACCACUACCAGGCAAGUACUCCGCAGGAGACUUGGUGUGCUACCGAAUCGAAAGAGACUCGAGCGGUGUGCCUAGCUGGAGUGGAGUUUCUCGCAUCAUUGGUUUUGAUGGGAAGACCGUCUGGGUAACGCACAGAGGCGUGCCCGUAGCAACUAGUUUAGGCAAACUCCGACCGUGUACUUCGGCGGAAGUUCUAGCUUAUCAGAUUUUGAGUAAAGGCAACUUACAGUACGAACACCUAGAAUCUGAGAGAGAGCAGCAGCGAUUUGUCGAUGCGCGAGCGCACGACAGUGAUGCAGACGAUGAAGAGGACAGUGACUCUGCACGUCCGUCUUCUGCCAUACGCUCAAAUCCUUUGGAAGGAUUGAGGACAGUGAGAAGGAGAGUGGGAUUUACUCCUGAAGAGUCACGGGCAGAGCCCCGUGUAGAGCCCACGAUAGAAGAACCCGAAGUAGAAGACGCUCAACAGAUGGAUGAGCCUACGGUGGAAGCCGUAGCAGAGAAUGAUCCGCAACUUGACGCGGCGGACAUUCCGGUUCCCGAAGAAGAGGACACAGCUGAUGCUUUAUUGGCACAGUUUAAGAUUCCCACGUAUGGAUCGAAAGAGUGCAACAAGUAUAGAGCUUUUGUGGCCGAUCGAAUAGACUCAGAAAGCGCCCGAAAGUGGUUGAAGAAAAGGAGCAGCUAUUCUAACAAGAAGAAAGCUGCGCAGAACAAGGUGUUCACAUACGAAAAGUGUUCACCAGAGUUGCAAAAGGGAAUCGACGGAUCCCGUAAGGUCGAAUGGGACAAGUGGAAAGAGUUUAACGCUGCACUUGAUCUCGAUGAAGAGCAGUACCAGAAGCUUAAAGAUGAAGGCCAUGAGGAAGUACCGCUCAAGUGGGUUGACACAGAUAAGAACGAUGCACUUAGAGGCACGCAACCAGAUAUUGAAGUACGGCAUAAAAGUCGACUCGUCACCAGAGGAGAUUUGGAGUCUGGGGAUAUCCGAUCGGAUUCUCCGACGGCAGAUAUAGAAGCUCAGAAUUUGAUAUUCAGCUUCGCCGCUUCGCGGAAGGUGAGAAUAGGCUCAGCCGACAUCACAAAUGCCUAUUUUCAAGGAGAGGAAUUAGACAGAGUACUAAUCCUCAAACAGCCAAAGGGAGGACUCCCAGGGGAGCCCCCAGAGCGAAGGUUUCUGGCAAGGGUACCCGUGUACGGGACUCAUGACGGAGGACGUAAGUUUUGGAAACGUCUCAAGACCAGUGCGCAGAAAAGAGGUUUUCUGGAAAACGCCAUUUUCAAAGCACUUUAUGUUCUCCGCAACAACGAGGGACGUAUUAUUGCGCUACUUUGCACACACGUAGAUGACCUGCUGUGGGCAGCCGAGCCAGAAGCAGAGCCUGUCAUCGAGGAAUUGCUGAAGGAGUUUUCGUGCGGAAAAGUAGAGCGAAAAACUUUCCGUUACUGCGGGAAGGAAGUUUCCCAGGCAGAUGAUUACACUAUCACUGUCACCUGCAAAGAAACGACAUUGAAAGUUAGGAGGCAAUGUCGUCCGGACUUAGCAUAUCGACGAGUAAGUCGAAUGCAGUCCGCUAGCGCAGGAGGAAUUGUAGCAGACCUUCGAGAGGCGAACAAAGCCGUCGACUAUGCGUUAGUGAUGAAGGUCAAAGGUGAGGAUUCUGUGGAACCUUACCGAAGCCAAGGAGUUGAAGAAGGUGAUAGACUGCGAGCUGCCGUCGCAGAUCUUUUCGGCAAACUUGACCGCAAGAAGUGGGACGACCGUCCAGAAGAGCCAACGGACGAAGUUCGCUGGAUCGACACAGACGUCAUGGUAGCAGAUCCACUGACAAAAGUCAUGGAGAGCACCAAGUUAGUUGAGUGUUUGUUCACUAACUGUUUGAAAGUCGAGCAGCCGAUUGAGUCCGUGAUCAAGAAAAGGGCUAAGCAGCUUCAGAGAAGGAAGACUGCAGACCCUGCGGACGGGCUGGAAGUGAUGGAUUAUUUUGACAGCACCGACUCACCGCAGGGGCCCCUUUUUGGAGCCAAGGCUCAGACGGGAAAACGGCCAGUUUUCACAAGCGCCGCUCCAGCUGGGAACUUCUGUGCUGUUUUUGUGUCUGUUUGGCAAUCCAGGACGGCGAACAUCGCUGGAACUGUCGUGCAGUUUGUGCUGCAGCGAGGUCUUCAUGGGAAACCGCAGGCAACGUGUUUGCGACCGCUUGAUGGGCAGAUUGCGCCAAUGGCCUACAACAGAGGUUACACGCCAGAGCCAGGACAAGCGGCAUACUCUAGCAUGGCUAGCGUGGCUAGCAUGCAACCUGGCGCUGGCGCCGCUGGCGCUGCAGCGCCGAUGAGCAGCUGGAGUGGCAAAGGUUGUGGCGCGGCCAAAGGCAUUUUCUCGCCAGCGCCACUGCCUUUCACUCCACCCACUCCGCAAGUGCCAGGAAUGGGAAUGGGCGGAAUGGGUAUCGGCGGCAUGGGCUGGGCGCCGAUGCUUCGGCCGCCUGUGGCAGCACCGGCGAAGCGGCUCUCACCUCAUGCAGGUUCCAGGGCAAUUGCUGGCAGACCGCCGCAGGCUGCAGAAGCGAAUCAAGCCGAAUCAAGUUCAUCGGCGAGUGCUGAGCAGGAAAGCAGCAGCAGUUCCAGUGCGAAACGAAAAAGAAAAAAGAAGGAUAAGAAAAAGAAAAAAGGCAGAAAAAGUCGUAGUCGCUCGAGAAAGAGAUCUCGAAGCAGCUCGAAGAAGAGGCUGAGCGUGUCCUCAAGCAGCCCCGGCGAAGACAAGUCCAAAGAGGCGCCAAGCUCGGAGGUGCAACAAGACAUCGAAAAUGCGAAGAGGGAGGUUUUGCAGCAGUUGGAGAACCUCAAAAAAGUCGAGCCAAAAGAGCAACGCAUGAAGGAGUGGAGGUCGCUUCUUCGAUCCUGGCAUCCAGACAAAAACCCUGACAAAGCGGAAGUUGCCACCGCUGUCUUUCAAUUUCUGCAGAAGGGCAAGCUUCUUCUGGGCCUCUGA